GCUGUUUCAAAAAGUCCAUACAGAAAGUCAACAAUGGAACCUCUGCAUCCUGUUAAGCUGUCUGACAGACACAUUCCCUAGUAGCACUACUGGCACGCUCCUAGUACCAUCAGCACAGGAAGGGGUCGCAACAGAAGUUGCUCUACAGUUCCUG